AUGAAGAGUCAGAAACUCACAAAAACACCAAAAUCGUUUUGCAACUGGUCUUCAGGAGUUACACAUGGCCGACACACGAUUUACCGCGAGGAUCUUGAGUGCUAUAUUGCUAGCGUGAUGGUUUCUGGUAGCGGGCUUGACUUUUGUGUCCUGGGUUUUCGGGGCUACUCCGUCGCUAGUUCUAUUUCGGUUACAUUUCCGAAGUUAGCAAACUUUUCUGGCGACAUUUGUGCACGUACACAUAAGUUGAUGAAUUUUCGGUUAAUGAUGUCAAUUUCUGGGACUAGUAAUAUUUUGAUAUUGAUUGGUCUGGUUUGUGAACUUUGCGGUGAGUGUUCUAAAAUUUGA